AUGGAGACGACCCCGAGGGAGUCGAAGCAGAUUGAUUUGUGGAUUUCGGAAUUCAUCACGUUUGGGGCUGCGACGGUUUUUAUCGGGUUGCGGUUAUUGAGUCGACGCCUUACGAGGAUUGAGUUUUGGUGGGAUGAUUGGUUUGCCAUUGGGUGCUAUUCUGUAGCGAUUGCUUGGGUAGUCAUCAUUCCUAUCUGGAUCAAGGAUGCUGGACUUGGACUUCAUAUCAACGACAUUCAUGGUCACGGGACCAAGGCGGAAAUAUUGAUGCACAACAGUCUUAUACUCUACGUCGCCGAGUUAUUCUACGCCACUGCCCUCUUUUGCGCCAAAGGAUCGAUCUUGAGUUUUUACUGGCGCAUGUUCCGAGUCACCAAUAUCAAGCUGCCCAUUCAGAUCCUGGCCUGCUGUUCACUGAUAUGGAUUAUCAUUCGAACGUUCAUGGGCAUCUUCCAUUGUAUCCCAGUGCAGCGCUUCUGGGAUCCCUCUGCUGGAGGCUCUUGCGCCAUUGAGGAUAAAAAGUUCUUUUUCGGUACUAUCCUGGUCCACGUUAUGCUCGACAUAGCAAUCAUCGCCCUGCCGAUUCUCCAGGUCCGUAAGCUACAGCUACCUGUCUUUCAGAGGAUCGGUAUCAUGCUCAUGUUUCUGUUUGGUAUUGUCAUUUGCGCUUCCGCCAUGGUCAUCAUCGUGGCUUCGACUCAGUUUGAUGCCACGUCGGAGGAUCUAACCUGGAACUUGGUCACCAUUGUUGUCUGGGCUUCUGUCGAAGUGAAUCUUGUCACUGUGUCAACCUGUCUGCCAACCGUCCGCCCUGCCAUUCUAUAUCUCUUCACUUGCACCAACCCAACAUCGACCAUUGGAUCCGGUUCCAAUAGCUACGGUCACAGUUACGGGCGCAGCCACGGCCGCAGUCAGACCAAGAACACGAUUCGACUGUCAACCGUUCCCAAUAACAAAGACAACGACGAGUCAAGCUCCACUCAUCAGCUUGCCGAUUCCGAUCAAGGUGGUCGCGGUUCAUUGUCUGAUUUCGAGAGUCAUGCUAUGGAUCGGUACCGAGGAAAUUUGUCAACGGUCACUGGCCGUGCUCAUGAUCAUGGCUCUGAGGAAUUCAACACUGGUUCGCCAUUUGGUGGAAUCAUGGUCAAGAACGAAACGACAACUAUCUUUGGACCUAGCUCCAGAUUCCUUUGCCGCUUGCAAUUACCGUUGUUGCCCCGCAAGGUUUUCACUCAAGGGGUUCUGAUCCGAACCCUCAACUAUAAAGACCGUCCUCCGGGCCCACCCACAUACCUAGACAUCAAUCCAGACAUCACGGUAACUCAAUUUCCCACUUACUCAGACUACACGAAAAUGGUCUUCACACCUCCAUCAUGGGUGCCAAAGCUCCCAAUCGACCCGCCUGAUUCCAUCUCCCUUCACGAAUUUAUGACAAGCGAAAACUACGGCCGACUUCCAAUCGCCAAAUCAAGAAACCCAUUUACUUGCGGCAUCACGGGAAGAACAUAUUCCGUCUCUGAGAGCCAUCAGCGAGCCGACUUCCUCGCCCGUGCGCUCGCCAAAAGACUUGACUUUCCACCUAAUGAGGGUGUGGAAUGGGACAAGGUGGUCUCCAUCUUUUCCGUCAACACGAUUGACAGCUUCUCAGUUACCCAAGCUGUACACCGACUCAACGGAAUUAUCACGCCCGCAAGCGCUGCACACUCUGCUUCUGACCUGGAGCAUCAACUGCGAUCAUCUGGGGUCAAAGCGCUCUUCACAUGCACUAGCCGUCUUGAUAUUGCCGUCAAAGCAGCUAAGGCCGUGGGCAUUCCUCAAGAUCGCAUAUUCAUUCUAGCUACGCCAGACGACAGCUCAAAACUGCCGUUCAUAACGUUCGAUGACCUUGUGAAGGAGGGCGCAGAGCUCCCAGAGUUGGAACCGCUGAAAUGGGUCAAAGGCCAAGGUGCAAGGCAAGUCGCCUUUCUCUGCUACUCCAGCGGAACCUCUGGUCUUCCUAAAGCAGUCAUGAUCUCCCAUAGAAACAUCAUCGCCAACGUCCUUCAACUCACGACAUACGAAAGCGUUUCUCGCCAGAAAGAUGGAAUCGAGACGCAGGCCUGCCUUGGGGCUCUUCCCUUUAGCCAUAUUUACGGACUACUCAUCAUUUCAUUUGCCAGUACCUUCCGAGGUGACGAAGUUGUCGUCCUGCCUGAGUUUGACCUGGAAAAGGCCUUGGUUGCAGUCCAGAAAUACAAGAUUGCUCACAUGUUUGUCGUCCCGCCGAUUAUUAUUCGUAUCAUCCACAACAAGGCCCUGUGUUCGAAGUAUGACCUGAGCUCCGUACGCUGGCUGUACACCGGUGCUGCACCUCUCGGCCCCGAAGUUGUUGAAGAAGUGAAAAGACAGUAUCCAAAGUGGCGCGUAGGACAAGGAUAUGGUUUGACCGAAACCUGUACAGUAGUUUGCACCACAAGCGAAGAUGACAUCGAUAUCGGAUCCUCAGGCUCUUUGGUGCCUUCUACGAAGGCCAUGAUUAUCGAUAUCGAAACGGGAGAAGAGAUCACAGAGUACAACAAACCGGGUGAGCUGCUUGUGCAGACUCCUUCGUUGGUCUUGGGUUACAUGAACAACGAACGUGCUACAUCCGAGACUUUCAUCUGGAGGAAGGACGGUCGCUGGAUUCGAACUGGCGACGAGGUUCUCAUUCGACUAGCGCUUUCUGGGAAUGAACAUCUCGUAGUGGUUGAUAGACUCAAGGAGCUUAUCAAGGUCAAUGGACACCAGGUUGCGCCCGCAGAGCUCGAAGCCCAUCUCCUCUCACAUCCAUAUGUUUCAGACUGCGCUGUCAUCCAAACACCCAACGACAAAGCCGGCGAGGUCCCAAAGGCAUACGUAGUCAAGUCGGAUGUUUGUGGUGGACAAUCCGAUGAUGUUAUUACUCGCGCGAUCUGCAAACAUGUUGAGGAUCACAAGCAAAGAUACAAGUGGCUUGGAGGUGGCGUUGAGUUUAUUGAGACAAUUCCAAAGAGUCCCAGUGGCAAGAUUCUGCGAAGGUUACUGAGAGAUAAAGAGAAGGAAGCAAGGAAGAGUUUGGCGGCCAAGCUUUAG